CGCCACGGUCGGUUCUGCUUGUAUACCGGCGAGUUGAAAGAAACGGUGUUAGUGUGUGCACAACAGAUCUCACUCAGACGUUCUAGAAAAAAGAGAAAGUGGUGAAGAGGGGUGCGUUGAUUCGUGAAAUCACCAUUUCUCGUAAGAAUAAAACCCAGAAUGAUGUGGAAAAAUAUCAGCCCGGGGCUUAUGUGCCUCGUGUUAAUCUCUCUUAUAUCAGCUGUGUCAGGACGCCUUGCUGUAAUGUCAAUUGAUUUAGGAGGAGAAUACUUUAAAGUAGCCAUUGUUAAGCCUGGUGUACCUAUGGAGAUUGCGUUAAACAAAGAGUCACAAAGAAAGACUCCAACAGUUGUAGCAUUCCGUGAUGGGGAGAGACACUUUGCUAGUGAAGCCCAAACAACAGCAUUGAAGUUUCCACAAAAGGCAUUUGGAUAUUUAAUGCAGAUAAUUGGUCGUCAGUUUGAUGAUCCACAUGUGCAACUGUAUAGGAAGAGAUUCCCUUAUUAUGAUAUGGUUAAAGAUGAGGAUAGAGGAACUGUCCUGUUCAAGAUUGAUGAUGAGACUACAUACAGUGUUGAGGAGUUGCUGGGUAUGAUUCUUGAGAAAGCUAAAGAAUAUGCACAAGAUUUUGCAGAACAAGAAAUCAAAGAUGCUGUAAUAACAGUGCCACCGUUUUAUAACCAGGCUGAAAGAAGAGCAGUCCUUGUUGCGGCCAAAUUAGCUGGGAUUAACGUCCUUCAAUUAAUUAGUGACAAUGCUGCUGUUGCUCUGAAUUAUGGUGUCUUCAGACGUAAGAAUUUUAAUGCCACGAUGCAGUAUUACAUGUUUUAUGACAUGGGCUCAACAAGCACAACAGCAACCAUUGUAGGUUAUAAUGUUGUGAAAACAAAAGAAGGGACACGGAUGGAGUCAAAUCCUCAGCUAACUGUGCGUGGAAUUGGGUUUGAUCGUACGCUAGGAGGUUUAGAAUUCACCUUGAGAUUACAAGCUCAUCUAGCUAAGCUGUUUAAUGAACAGAAGAAAACAACUUUAAAAGUGGAAGAACAUCCUAAAGCCAUGGCUAAAUUAUUUAAGGAGGCUGAGAGGGUCAAGAAGGUGUUAAGUGCCAAUGUAGAUCACACUGCACAGGUGGAGAAUUUAUUGGAUGAAAAAGACUUUAAAGCUCCAGUCAAGAGGUCAGACUUGGAAGAGUUAACCCAAGAUCUUUUUGCAAGAGUGACCAACCCCAUUGAAGAAGCUCUGAAAGUCUCUGAAAUUACACUGCCUGAGAUUAGUGAAAUUAUUCUUAUGGGUGGUGCAACUCGUAUCCCAAAAGUUCAGGAAAUUUUGAUGUCCUAUCUAGGAAGAACUGAGCUUGGCAAGAGCAUCAACACCGAUGAAGCUGCUGCUAUGGGUGCCGUCUAUCAGGCAGCUUACCUUGGUAAAGGAUUUAAAGUAAAGAAGUUUGGAGUUAGGGAGGGUAACAUCUACCCUAUAAAUGUAGAAUUUGAAAGACAAAAAUCUGAAGAGGAAGGACCAAAAACCAUAAAGAGGACCUUGUUUGGUCGUAUGAACCCAUUCCCUCAAAAGAAAGUUAUGACAUUUAACAAGCACACAAAAGAUUUUAGCUUCAGUGUAACCUACAGUGGUCUUGAGUUCCUUACAGAAGAUGAUAGAAAGUCUUUUGGAACUCCUAUGAUUAGCAAGUACACUUUGAAAGGAGUUGAGGAAGCUCUAACUAAAAACAAGGACAAAGAACCUAAGGGUAUCAAGGCACAUUUCCAAAUGGAUGGAAGUGGAAUAUUGAGUUUAGAUAGGGUUGAAUCUAUUUUUGAGAAAAAUGAUACAGAGGGUGAAGAAAAGUCUACAUGGUCCAAGCUUGGCAGUGCAAUUGGAGGAUUUUUUUCUGGCAGUUCUACCGAUGAGGAACACAAAGUAGAAGACUCCCAAGAACCUGAUACUCCUACGGAUGACAGCUCCACUACAGGUGGGGGUAAUGAGGAGGUUAAGCCUGAAGAGUCACAAGGGAAAAAGGAUGAUGGUAAAAAAAGUGAUGACACACCUAAACAGUCAGACUCUAAUGUCAAGGAGGAACAGCCAGAACAAGAAGGGGAAGGAACCAGUGAAGGUGCAGGAGAUGAACAAGAGAAGAAGAAAGAUGAGAAGACUGACAAGGCAGAUCAGAAGGAAGAGACCCCAAAAGAGGAAACUCAACAGAAAGAUGAAACCCAACAGAAAGAUGACGCUAAAGCUGGCAAUGAUACAAAAGCUGAAGGUGAGAAAGCUGAUGCAGAAAAGAAAGAUAAAGGCCCUAAAAUAGUCAGCAUUAAGGAAAUCAUUAAGACAGAACAAGAAAUUUUAGACCUGAAAAAUGUCUCAGAUGCUAAAUUUACCUCUGCAGCUAAGAGGAUGUCUGAACUAAGGAAGGUUGAUAAAGAAAAAAUGGAACUGGAAAAAUCAAAGAACGAGCUGGAGGCUUUCAUUUUUGACUAUCAAGAUAAGAUCCAUCAAGAACCUUAUGAUCAAUGUGUUACAGCAGAAGAGAAAGAGAAGAUAAGCACCCUGCUAUCAGAAGCUUCUGACUGGCUUUAUGACCAGUCUGAAGAGACAAAGAAAUCUGAUUACACAGGCAAACUUAAGACUUUAAAAGAUGCCACCAAAGAUAUGGUACGAAGAGUAGUUGAAUUAGAGGAGCGACCUAAAGCCCUGGCAGCUCUUAAAGGGGCUUUAAACCAAACCACACAUUUUCUGGCUACAGUUAAGAACCUAACAGAUAUCGAAGACCCUAUCUUCACCCCUGUGGAAAUAGAGACCCUUGAAAAAUUAAUUAAUGAAACAAAGGUAUGGAGGGAUAACAGUGUUAAAGCUCAAUCAAAGUUGAAGUCUUAUGAAGAUCCUGUUUUGAAAAUUGAAGAUAUUGGUCAAAAAAUCACAGCAUUAGAUAGGGAAAUGAGAUAUCUCAUCAAUAAGGCCAAGAACUUUAAGCCAAAGCCUAAACCAAAGGAAGAGAAGAAGACAGAAAAUGCUACUGAGGAAACUGUUACAGCAACACCAAAAGAAGAUGAAGCUACAGUAUCAGAUGAAACCACUGGUGAAGAAACUCAGGCCGACCAAACCCCAGAUGACCAGCCUCAAAAGGAGACAACAACUGAGGAACCAGCACCAAAGAAAUCUAGCUCUGGUAAGAGAAGGCCAAAAUCCAAACGUCAAGAAAAGACAAAUGAAGAAGAGGAAGAAGUUCUUCAGCUAGACCCAAAGAUUAAAAAAGAAACUCUAGAUCGUGACUUAUAAAUCUUCCCAGAUAAUGUACAGUAUUUUCCCAACUUAUUAUAUGGUGUUGACACAGGAUCAGAAGAUGUAGAGGAACAGAAAACAAAGCAAGACGAACAUGGAGGAGAAUUAUAACAAUAGUUCCAUUUUAGAAUUGCUGGCCCUCCCCAUUAAUUGAGGUUUUGUUAAUAUUUUAGUGAUUUAUUUAUCUACAAAUAAUGGAGAUUUUUUGCAGACAUAAGGUGAAUGGAACAAAAGUUUUGAAAAAUUUCCACUAUUCCUUUUUUUUUUGUGGCUGUGAUAAGUUAGUUUCCUUCGAUUUAAAAAAAAAUAAAUUUGGAAUUGAAAUAUGUUAGAUGUUGAUAAAAAUAAUACAACUGGAGAAAAUAUUUUAAACUGAACAUGUAAAUCAGCAUUAGGAAAUUCUAUUGACAAUAUGGUGCUCUGUGAGUUACUUGUUCUAGUAAUGCUGAUAUUAAAUAGGUAAAGGGGAGUCUAGGUACAUGUUUAUAAGUAGUCAGAAUCUGUAACCAAAAGAGGCAUCCGACCAGUUGUUUACUCUAGAUAUGGGUUACAUUGGAUUACUGUGUGAUCUCAUGAUACAUGUAACUUUUUCUUGCUGCUCAUGUAAAAGCAUCCUGCCCCUUCUUAUUCCUGUAAAUACAGCAAAGGUUAAUGUUGCAAAGAUUGAAUUGACAUGCUUACCAACAAAAUGAUUCUAUAUUUAUUGAGAUAUUUUUAAGUGCGACAAUUUAUGAGACCACAACUUUUGACCAAACAAUGAUAAGAUUUUAUACUGUUGGAUCUGUGGAUGUGUAUGGCUGAGAAACAGAAGUGCAUGUUUGUUUUAUCCAGCUAACUCAUUAAUGCUUUACCAUCUGCAAUCUGUUGCUUUGGUUUCAACUUGAUAUUGUGAGCCAAUGUAGGGCUUAAAAGUACACUGCAUUUUACUUUAAAUGAAUUAGCUGUUCAGAAUGCUAAAUGACGUUAAAUGGAUUGCUAUUAUGUGCUUUUUUUUCCCCCUUGACUAUAUAGUUGUUGACUUUUUUACCAUUGUUUUGUAAAACCUGCAUAGCAUGGUUUUAUUUUUGGUAUUCAAUGCUUUCUACAGCUGCAUUUGUCUUUUCUUUAAAGAUUUAAAAUUUUAUUUGACCCUCCACAACUUAAACUGUUAUGAGAUAUGUGGAUAUUAUUUUUGGGGAUUUUAGUUAUACUUUAAUCUUUCAGUUAUGCACUAGUUUGUGUAUUUUUUAAAAGGGUUGGUUAAAUUUUGUAAAACUUAACGAGAAACCUUUUAUUGUUUGGACCUAUUUCUGGGCAGUGGACUGUAAUAGUUUUAUCCAAAUCAUGAAACCGUUUUCAGUAUUGAAAUAAUUGAAAUAAAAUAGACUAAUAGCAUUUGCUCAGAUGUAUCAGAGGUAGAGGGUUGCAUUUAAGUAUACCAACUUUAGGCAGAACUGUUGUAGCAGUGAUAUAUACGUUAAACAAAGAUGGCAUUCCUUACUUGUCAUACAUGAUCUAUUCGACAAUUUUGUGCUAUUUAUGUGAGCUGAGUGUCUGUGCCAUGGAAUGAAACUUAUUUUAUUUAAAACUUUUGGUGAUCAAACUUUUUCUUUUUGUUAAAAAGAAUUACCAGUUCUUAAAUUAUAACUUGCUGAGAAACUUGUGAAUUUUAUGAAAACUACACCUUUUCUAAAGUGUUAGUUAUCACAAGUUGGUAGAGAGUUGUAAAGAUGGAGCUGCUGUUAAUUGUUGUAGGUAAACGUUGAAACAGUUUGAUUGUUGUGUUUGUAUGCUGGAUUCAUGGUUUCAAAUUGUAUUAAAAUCAAUGUUUACUCUAA